AUGAAGAGUAUAACGGUGCUGGCUGUGCUCUCUGUACUUUCACAACUGUCCCAUGCGGUUUGGGAUACUUUAUACACGCCGGGGUCCAACCAGACGUACUUACGGCUCUCUACAGAUGAUAUUGUCUUCUUGAGUCUUGAAGAUAUCGCAUCAAUUGACGAGCUGAUCAUCACCGAAGAUGAUAUUAUUGAUGCUCCGACGACUGAAGAUUUUGCCCUAGGGUUGGCCAAUGAUGACCUCUUUGCAAUUCACAAUUCAUCCUCCGGUGCUCUAGAGAUCUCCCAGUAUAAAGAUGAUGGCUGGAGGGUGAUAGAGUACAACACUACACUCCCUCAAAACGAAACUGUGUACUUUGCAGAUCCAACAGUUAUGACCACGUUUGACGAGUCGUCCGGAUGUGAACUGUUGUACAUUCUUGGAGGGGUCUCCAAUGGCACAGUCACCAAUAGAAUCCUGGAAUUCAAUCCUCUUCGUGGGACUGUGAGCUUGAUCAUCACGUCGGUAUCACCGACUGCAUUCUAUGGCGCCUCCAGCACCAUUGGCGAUUCCCAGCUGAAUUCAAAUGUUGUGAUUGGUGGGAAGGCCUCAUCUGGAUGGGUUGGCAUGUUUCAAAUUGCCAUCUGGGAGUACAAAUCAUGGACAUUCAGGACUGUACAGAGCAGUGCUUUUAGUGUGAAUUCAAGGAUUUAUCCUUUGGUGCUAAGUUCUUUCAAAGACGAAGAGCUCGCCAGUGUGCUGGUGCUUGGUGGUAUCCUGGGAGACUCCAAUUCGAGUCCUUAUGUCCUGUCUUUAAACACUACAGAUAGCUGGUAUUGGAGCAAUUACACCGAUCUUGGAGACUUUGAUAUUGCAAACUGUGUUGGAGGAGUCAUAAUUAACGGUGUGUUGUUGAGUGUAAACGAGCAGACCAACAAAAGAGAUGGUAGCUAUGGAAUUGAGCUUUUCGAUGUUGACAGUAUGAAGAGCACGGACAGUAUACCAGGGUUGAUUGUCGCAUCUUCCACACAACAGCUAGUCACAUCUGCUUCUACUGUAACAUCAUCUGUGCUUCCAUCGUCAUCAUCAGUGCCGUCAUCAGUGCUUCCAUCGUCAUCAUCACAGCCCACAAACACUUCAACUUCAAGCUCAUACACUUUGACGAUAGUUCUGGCCGUCAUACUACCAGUUCUUGUCAUCUCAGCAACUUCCAUCGCUGUGUUCUUCAUCUACAUCAGAUGGAAACGGAGUAGAAACAUUGGACUAUCUUCCGAGCCCGGUACUGAUACAGAUUCUGACUACUACAGGGCUAUCAGCUCAUUCGAAAACAGUUCCAUCUCGUCGUGGGAUCUAAGGAGAAAGGAGUAUACAGCUUCUUCAAUCAAUCUACAGUCUCCAAAAUUGGUGCACGUGAAGACAGGACUCCAGAGCCCUACACCUUUUGCAAACCCUGAUGAUUAUGAAGACCUCCAGGCACUAUCACCAAAGAAAGAGAACGGUGCAAGCCUUUUGACUCUUACACCACCUUAUUCCUCGUCACCUAAGGACGACGAGUGUAUUGACGAAUUCUUCUCAGACAGGGAGGUCCAGGUGCUUGUCUCUACAAGGAGAAGGUCAGAGCUGAGGGUCAUGAAUCCAGAUGCCGAUAACAUCUCAGUAUUGGACAGUAGGAAAGACCAAGAGACGAGUGAUUGUGAGACUGUAUGCUUCCCCGAUGAAAGCUCUCUGGGACUUGGAGAAGGAUUCGAUAUCGAUAAGGACCUAAAGGAAAUCAUGGACAAGUUAUAA